AUGCUUGAAGAGUUCUAUCGUUUUCGAGGCAAGACAAAGUCUUUGUGUGUAGAUGUCUUGUCUCAUCUUGUCACCAUCACACAAGAGGUGGCACGACUUGCAUUUAUUGAGGUUUCAGCAGGUACAUUGAGGCAGUGGCUGGGUCGUGUGGUGGAAUCACAGAAAAAAGUGCCCAGUGGUGAUGAUGGUGAACGUCAAGCGUGGCUACUCUUCAUGCUUUCUUUAUCGGACUCUAACUCCGCCGUGCCUUCUGCUUCGGAAGACAUGAGUAUAUGCAGCAGCGAGGCUCUCUUGAGACCUUUACUAAUACUGCGCCUCCUGUGUGGUGCAUCUUGUUUGCUGGGGGCUCUGCUGUGCAAACUGCAGCAGGCACCACCCACCAACGUCUCGCAGCUUUGGUGCUUUAACUCCCCUCUGCGGGAAGCUGAGCCCAACGAUAGCUACUCACUGUCCGAUGAAUGUGCGGCUGCGUGUGCGGCAGACCGGCGCAACGAUUCGCUGCGUCCGCCCACGCGUCUCCCCACACAGCUGCUAGAGCUCGCCGUAGGUACGGAGUUGGUGCGAGUGAUGCAUGGCUGCCUGCCCAACGAGCAGGAAGGUGUGCGCCGUGCCAACUCCACGUUGUCUGUUGCGGAUUUGGCACGCUCUCUGCGUCACACUUGGCCGGCGACCGAUGUCGAAUACCCACUGGACUGGCGCAGCAGUUGGGUCGAAGAGAACGAGGCGGACUUUAUCCGCCAUGUCCACAGGGCCAUCCAGCGGCACGAGAACGAGGAGAGGUGA